GAGGGUGUUCAAGAGGGCCAGAACCAGCGGGUGGAGGGCGGCCGCGUCACAGACCUCGACGGCCAAGAAAUUUCAGGCUUGGCGCGAGAGGGCUGCAGCUUCUACACCUGCGGGCCGUCAAUGCGCCUUGCGGAGGGCUCUGGAGCGAGACCCAGCGCACGCUACCUUGAGAUGCUCGAGACCGCUGCGGUUGAAGCCGGGCUACCCGAUACCUGGGCCGAGUCCUUCCGAGAUCGUCGGUGCCAAAUGCCUCGCAGCCCGUCGCUGAUGCGCGAGGCGCUACUUGCUGGUCUUCCCCCAGGAGCCGCUGCAAUCUCCUUUGCCUCAAGCAUCGCAGGGGAGCAGGCGCUGACAUCUCUGUGCGGCCUCGUUUUCGCAUGCAAAGACGCACCGGAGGCCGUCUUUCCUGCGCUAUCGAUGCAGGAGAUGGCGCUGGCAGUUCUUCGCCGUGGUGUGCGGCCCUGGCGUGGCGAAAAGAUGCCUGAUGCACUGGAAGAGGCACGGCAGCUCUGGGGCGCUGACCGGGUGGAGGAGGUCCUUAGCUGCUGGCUGGCGCAGUUCCACUCGCUCUUCGGGCCACCCUUGGCAGAGCUGGCCGAGGACUGGGAAGCUGCUGCGACGCCUCACCGGCUUCCCCUGUAA